CACGUCUUUCAAUGAUUGCGUUCUAGUCAGUACAUGUGCACUCAAGCAAGUUCACAUGCAACCAUCUCUUUAAGUAACUGCGACAAUAAGCGCAAAACAUCGUUUCUAAAAUUAAGUCGUGCAAGUGACAAUCCUGUACAUAGUGUGUUGCAAUGGCUUUUAGUAAAUACGAGUAGUUACCCCAGCUUCAGUUCUCAUUAAAAAGUGUUCUCCAACUGAAGCUUGGGGCUCUGUUCGGAUUUACAAAAAGACGAUUUGACGAUUGAUUCACUGAAAAGGCAUCUGCCCACGGAGGCGCUGAUAUCCCAAGUGUGACUGUGUGCACGCUGAGACCGUAGUAACGAAAACCGAAGUUAAGAGGUCCUGGUGUACAAUUUCCAUUCUUUCAUCAUUUCAAGCUAGUUAUUCAGAAAUGCUCCGAUAUGCAACAAUUAUGCGUCAUCGCCUGUUGGUAAAAAAUCUUCAAAAAUGGUCAAAGACAAGAUCAAAAUAUAGUUUAGCUAGUACCGCUGCAAAACCAAUUAGUGAUCAGGAAUAUGAAAAAAACUCAACACCAGACCGUUCUUAUGAAGAUAUUCCCGGACCGAAACCAUUACCUCUGAUUGGAAACAUCUUUAGAUAUUUGCCGUAUAUUGGUGAAUUUUAUAAUGUUCCAUUUACUACUCAAUUACGCCAGCUUCAGGAAAAACAUGGCGAUAUCGUGAAACUUGAAGGACUUAUUUUUCGUACACCAAUGAUUUUUUUAUUCAAGCCAGCAUUUUGUGAAAGAAUGUAUCGUUUAGAAGGACCUCAUCCACUCAGGAUAGCCAUGGAGACUCUAUAUCGUUACAGAAAAGUCAAUAAGCAUCUAUUUGCAUCUACGGGUUUAAUGGGCCAGGGUGAAGAGUGGUAUAACUUUCGCACUAAAGUUAAUCAACAUAUGAUGCAGCCCCGCACAAUCAAGCCACAUGUGUCCCAGAUCGACGAAGUUACUGAUGACUUUAUUGACAGGAUACGAGAAAUUAGAGAUUCCAAAACUCUCGAACUACCUCCGAAUUUUAAUAAUGAAAUGAACAAGUGGUCUCUAGAAUCUAUAUGUGCUAUUGCGUUAGACCACCGAAUGGGAAGUUUGAAACAUAAUUUAGAUCCACAAUCAGAACCUCAACAAAUGAUAUCUGCGGUACACGAAAUGUUUGAUCUUAUGUAUGAAUUGGAAGUUCUUCCAUCCCCAUGGAAGUAUUACAACACAAAGAAACUUAGAAGAUUUUUUAAAGUUUUAGAUCUCCUUUACGGAACGUCAGCGAAAUAUAUUAACAGAGCGAAGGAAAAAAUUAAAGAUAAAUCAAAUUCUCAAGACGACAGUAUGUUACAAAGGCUUCUCAGAAUCGACAAGCAAACAGCGCAAAUCAUGGCAAUGGACAUGCUUGUAGCUGGAGUUGAUACGACGGGAAACUCAGCUGGCAUGACCCUUUAUUAUGUUUCAAAACAUCCUGAGGUACAAGAGAAACUACGUGCUGAAAUUGAUCAAAUUCUCGUUAAUAAAAAUACACCAGUUACCUAUGAAGCUUUAAAACAAAUACCAUAUGCCAAAGCUUGCAUCAAAGAAACACUGAGGCUUGCACCGAUCUCAAUAGGAAAUAUGAGAACAAUGACGAAAGAUGUUGUAAUUGGUGGUUACAAAAUACCAAAAGGGGUAAAUGUACUAGCAACGCAUUCGGUCAUUAGUCGAGAUCCAAACCAGUUUCCUCAACCGGAUGAAUUUAUUCCCGAAAGGUGGCUAAGAAGUAACACAGGGCUUCUUUCGUCUGCCAAUGCACAUCCUUAUGCCUACUUGCCAUUUGGUUUUGGACCGCGAACUUGCAUUGGUAGACGAUUCGCUGAAUUAGAAAUUACAACUCUUUUAAUGAAGAUGAUUCGAAAUUUUGAACUGGAAUGGCAUCACGAACCAAUGCAGAGAAAAAGUCUCUUUAUAAAUACCAUGGGAUCUCCUCUUCAAUUGAAAGUGAUCGAUAGAUUGGGUUAACUUUUGAUGCAAUUCAAACUUAAAAUUGAAAUGCACCUCAACUUUAUAGAAAAUUUUAACUUUUUAAUGUGUACCUCUUAAAUUAUAACUUGUCUUAUGAACAAGUCGACAGCCAACGUUUGCAUUAUUGUUUCUAGUAAAUUGUUGGAAUAACUCACAUUUUGUUUAUUCUGUAGCGGCUUAAUUUUUUUGUUUUGUUCUCACACAAAAACCCAGGGUAUCAAAAUGGUUCAAACAUUUGACAAAUACAUUAUGUAACAAAUAAAAACUAUACCGAUUGUACAGCAUUUUUAGGUAAUUUAUAAUUAUAAGAAAGCCUGAAUGGAACUAAAUAUAAUAAAUGAGAAUUAAACAAAAGAUCUUAAAGUAAAGAUGAAACAUUAGACACAUCUAUUUCUAUCAAUAUAAAUAAUUGAAAACUAUGCUCAUUAAAA